UUACUUUCAUUGCAAUUUGCAACCUUAAUAUUCAUCCACACUUAUUAUAUUCCUAAUACUCUAAACUAUGGAAACUCUCAACAUCAUAAUCUUAGCCAUUUUUGUUCUCUUUGCUUCUUUAGCUAAUGCCAAAAUUCAUGAGCAUGAGUUUGUUGUUCAAGCAACUCCAGUGAAGAGGCUGUGCAACACACAUAGUAGCAUCACUGUAAAUGGACAAUUUCCAGGUCCAACUUUGGAAGUCAAUAAUGGAGAUACUUUGGUUGUCAAAGUCAUUAAUAAAGCUCAUUACAAUGUCACCAUUCAUUGGCAUGGAAUCAGACAAAUCAGAACAGGAUGGGCUGAUGGACCAGAAUUUAUAACUCAAUGUCCUAUUCGUCCUGGUGAAAGUUACACCUAUAGAUUUACCAUUCAAGGACAAGAAGGCACACUUUGGUGGCAUGCUCAUAGUUCAUGGUUGAGAGCCACUGUUUAUGGAGCUCUAAUCAUUCGUCCUAAGGAAGGAGAGACCUAUCCUUUCACUAAGCCAAAGCGUGAAACACCUCUUCUUUUAGGGGAAUGGUGGGAUGCAAACCCUAUUGAUGUUAUUAAGCAAGCCACACAAACAGGAGCAGCUCCAAAUAUAUCUGAUGCAUACACUAUUAAUGGUCAACCUGGUGAUCUUUACAAGUGCUCUAGCCAAGAAACAACGAUUGUUCCAAUAGAUUCAGGAGAAACAAACCUCUUGAGAGUAAUCAAUGCAGCAUUAAACCAACCACUUUUCUUCACAGUUGCAAAUCACAAACUCAUAGUAGUAGGUGCUGAUGCUUCCUAUGUUAAACCAUUCACAACAAACACUCUCAUGUUAGGACCUGGUCAAACCACUGAUGUUCUCAUAGUAGCUGACCAACCACCAUCAAGAUACUACAUAGCUGCACGUGCUUACCAAUCAGCACAAAAUGCACCUUUUGACAACACAACAACAACCUCAAUUCUUGAAUACAAAUCAGCACCUUGUCCUAAAAAGGGGGGUGCAUCUAGUAAUAAACCUAUUAUGCCUUCAUUACCUUCUUACAAUGACACAAACACAGUUACUUCUUUUAGUAAAAGUUUUAGAAGCCUUAGAAAAGUUGAAGUCCCUCUGGAAAUUGAUGAAGAUCUUUUCUUUACUAUUGGAUUAGGACUCAACAAUUGUCCAAAAAAUUUUGAUGCAAAAAAACAAUGUCAAGGGCCUAAUGGAACACGUUUCACUUCUAGUAUGAACAAUGUGUCUUUUGUACUUCCUAGCAAUUUUUCAAUCUUGCAAGCUCAUAAACUUGGAGUUCAAGGCGUUUUUACCGAUGAUUUUCCGGCAAAACCUCCGGUGAAAUUCGAUUAUACUGGUAAUGUGAGUCGGUCGCUCUGGCAACCGAUUCAGGGGACUAAAGUUACUAAGUUGAGAUUUGGAUCAAGGGUGCAGAUUGUUUUGCAGGAUACUAGUAUUGUUACUCCUGAGAAUCACCCUAUUCAUCUUCAUGGGUAUGAUUUUUAUAUUGUUGCUGAGGGUUUUGGAAAUUUUGAUUCAAAGAAAGAUGCUUCAAAAUUUAAUCUUGUUGAUCCACCUAUGAGGAACACUGUUGCUGUGCCUGCUAAUGGAUGGGCUGUAAUUAGAUUUGUUGCUGAUAAUCCAGGUGUAUGGAUUCUGCAUUGUCACUUGGAUGUUCACAUAGCAUGGGGUUUGGCCACUGUUCUCUUGGUAGAAGAUGGAGAAGGAUUAUUGGAAUCCAUAGAAGCUCCUCCAGAGGACCUUCCUUUGUGUUAGGAUAUAAUCCAAAUUAUCCAAUUUGUCACACCAGUUAUUUGUAAUUUUAUUUAGUUUUGAGGUUAUAUGUUUGUGUCCCUGCAUUGGGGGAUUUUUUCUCCUUUGUUAUGUUUUAUUUUGAAUUUCACACAUAGAGAUAAAAUUGGGUUUAGAAAAGAUGGUAAAUGUGAUUUCAACACAAAUGCCAUCUUAUAUUGUCACAAGUUCGAUUGAUUAAAUUGAUACUAUAUGUUAUAUUUCUCUUUUUAAUUGAUGUUAUAAGGAAAA